AUGGGACGCUUCACCUUUGUUUCCACUGAUGUCAAAUCACUGAUCCAAAGGUUUUACCAGCUCCAGUCUGAGCGUCUGGAGGCGUAUCGACUCUUCGAAGAAGGUCAUGAGGCCUACUUGAAGACGGGCCCCCACUACGACUUCGAGCACUACAAGCAGCUGGUGCACCAAAUCACGCUGGCCUUCAGCGGCAUUUCCAAGGAAGUUUUGGAAAUCAAGGACAAGUUCCAGCUCCACUUGGACCGGCCCGACCUAUCGGAACACAUUGAGAAGCUGCAGUGCAAAGAGAAGCAGAAGCUCCAAUUGACAGCUCAGUUGCAGCUGGCCAGGCAGCGAGCUCAGGACCACCCGGAAGAGGGGGACGCCCUUCAGGAGAAGAUCCAGCAGCUCAAACACCAGAUCAUCAAGACCAAAGAAGAGCUCAGCGAAGUCAUGCAGGACUUUAAGUACGACUCUGAGGAGAGUGAUUGA